GCAGAGUGCGCACUUGCACCUCCUUCCCUCUUCGCCUGGUAACUUUCCUGUCGAAGUUAAAUCAGCUGCAAAACAGCUAACGCUAGCUUUGUUUGUUAACGUAUCACCGUAUCAUAUUUUUUUUUUUGUAACGUCCUGCGCAAUACCAGUGGAAGUUUUACACAGUAUGCGCAAGUCUUCGUGAAGGAAAAAAACCCGCAACGUCGUAGGUUUCUCUGCAAAACAGUCAUGUUCAGAACCGUGAGCAAGAUGACGGCGGACGACGUUCCGUCCAGAUGUGUUGAGUUUAUCAAGGAUCAACUGUACUUCGCCGUCCUGAAGCAGAAGCUCAAGAGCACCGGCGAGCGACACUGUUUCUGCAUAGACGAGGAGCUGGCGUACGAGAACUUCUAUGCGGACUUCGGUCCCCUUAACCUGGCCAUGUUUUAUCGCUUCUGCUGCAAGCUGACAAAGAAGCUCAAGUCCAUCAUGCUCUCGAGGAAGAAGAUCAUAUUUUACACAUGCGGGGACCAGAAGAAACAAGCCAAUGCCGCCUUCCUGAUCGGCUCCUACGCGGUGAUGCAUCUCAACAUGAUGCCCGAAGAGGCCCACAGUCUGCUGGUGUCGAGGAAUUCAACGUACAUUCCAUUCCGAGAUGCCUCGUUCGGAACCUGCUUGUACAAUCUGAACAUCCUCGAUUGCCUUCGUGGCGUUCACAAGGCUUUGCAGUACGGCUGGCUCGACUUCACCAACUUCGACCUGGAGGAAUACGAGCACUACGAGCGAGCGGAAAACGGCGACUUGAACUGGAUCAUUCCAGGAAAGUUCCUGGCAUUCAGCGGGCCUCAUCCAAAGAGCAAAUUAGAGAACGGGUACCCGUUGCACGCUCCCGAGGCCUACAUCCCGUACUUCAGGAAUCACAACAUCACCACCGUCAUCCGACUCAACAAGAAGAUGUACGACGCUCGGCGUUUCACGGAAUCCGGCUUUGAGCACCACGACCUGUUCUUCGUGGACGGGAGUACACCGACCGACGCCAUCGUCAGGAAGUUCCUCAACAUCUGCGAGAACGCCGAAGGAGCCGUUGCGGUCCACUGCAAAGCUGGUCUGGGGAGGACUGGCACUCUGAUUGGCUGUUAUAUGAUGAAACAUUACUGCCUGAGUGCCGCCGAGGCCAUCGCCUGGAUACGGAUCUGCAGGCCGGGGUCCAUCAUCGGUCCUCAGCAGAACUUCGUUGAAGAUAAGCAGAACAGCCUGUGGGUGGAGGGGGAUGUGUUCCGGGAGAAGACGGUGAAUGAACGCGAGAACGGAAAGGUGGCCGUCACCCGGAUCCUGUCCGGCGUGGAUGACAUCACCAUCAACGGGAGCAACAAAAACCGCGCGUUCAACAAAGAGGAAACGCAACAGUAUAACGACGACGACGAGAAAAACGGCCUCACGCAGGGGGAUAAACUACGAGCCCUGAAGAGCAAGAGGCAGGCCAGGUCGUCCUCGGGUUCUCUAUCACAAGAAGAGAAUAAGAUUCACACCCGGUCGUCGGCACAGUCCCUCAGCCGAGUCGUACUGCAGGCCAGCGUCAACCCCUCGGCUCUGUCCGACCAAUCGGACAGCAGGAAGAGGACCCGGACCUCGCUGCCGGCCAAUGGGGUGGAAGGAAGCUCCCUGUGCCACACCAGACUGGUCAGGUCUCUAGGGAACUUGCAUGUAGAGGCUGGCGACAGCGCCCCCGUGUGUUGGGAGCCGUGUGGCAGCCAUAGAGAGACAGCAAGCGCCACAGCCAACACAGGCCCUCUGAUCAACUUAAACAUGGCACAGGGCCACCUGCAGACGCACCGUCUCCAGAGGACGUAAAGCUCGCAGCUCUUUGCAAUCAAAUCGGUUUUCUAGUCUCUGUCACUCCAUACCCACAGCUAGAGCUCCUCUACUCCGGUGAGCCGGUCCAUCUGGAGGAACUUUACAUGGACUCCAACUUCUAUACAGUCGUAAUAAUCUAUUUACAUUGUGUUUGAUGAAAAAAAAAAAGUUGAAACAACUUUAACCAACUUGAUGUGACGUGUAAAUCAUUAAAGAUUUGUUCGAUUACAAGUUUAUUUUAACGGUAAGGCACUUUGGGUUUUUAUACUUUGAACUAAUCAUGAAAAAUAGGGAUAGUUUUAAUCAUUGCCUGGUUGCUCCUACUUAUUGAAGCAUGCAGUAGCAAACAUCAGACGGCGUGUGAAGCCGAGAGAUCCCGAGAUGAGCUCUGUGCAGCACGUUGAGUCAUGGGUGGGGGAACAGUCUGUUAGGUGGAGAUGGCGGUUUGUCUCGCUGUAGUUGAAACAAGUCCAUCACACACACUGCAGCACUGUGCUCAUGUUGUCAUUAUCUGGCUUUUAAGCUACUGUAUUCCAAGACUGUAAAUAUGUCAACAUUUGAUAUACUCAGUUUGUAUUUUUUAACUUUUGUACCAUGCUAUGAAUGUCAAUGGUCCUAUCGGGGCUCCAACUCAUGUUCAUAAUCUGACGUUACAUAAUGUAUUCCAAGUAGGUCUCUGGCUGUCGGUCCUUGUGCCAUGCAAUAAAUGCAUUCAAAUGUCA